UAUCUUUUUCUUAAUUUCACAUUCAAAUCUGACUGCAAUUCUGUUGCUUCCGUAUUUUCUCAUCCACAAAACUCUCAAUUUCCCACUCAUUCUCCCCUUUGAAUAUCAAAAUUCUUCACCCCUUCCUUGAUUUUUCACCCAAUCCAUUUUCUGAUUCUGUUCUUCCAGAUUCAGGGAGAAUGAUCGACCUCGAUUCUCAUCACCACUCGCAAUCAGAAGAAGAUUGUAGAAAUGAAGAUGAUGGAAUCUCAAGCUUGGAUAAAUCCGCGGCUAGAGAACAGAAAUCUGAGUUUAGUUUGGGUAUCAUUUCUUCUUCUUCUUCUUCUUCUUCUUCUUCUUCAUCAUCAUCGUCAUCAAGCUCUGAUGAGACUACUCCAAGUUCAAUUUUAGAUUCGGCCCCAAAUUUCAUGAAGACCACUACCAGCUCGGAAGCGAGAAGGAAGUAUUACCAGAAAUCAAAUCGCUCUGGUUCAAAGCCUUCCAGAACUUUGACAAGAAUGUCGAGUUCUAGAUUCAAAAGAACACUGAUCAGGAAGUCUACCGAUGAGCGAGAAUUGGAAUUUCCAGUAAGUUCUCGCAAAUCUAAAUUGGAGAAUCAGAAUAUUGGGCAACAAAAAUCGAAUUCGACGAUCUCAGGGAUAAUGUUAACUAGAAAGCCAUCACUUAAACCUGUAAGGAAGUUAGCGAAAUUGGCUGCUUCUAAGUCCAAGAAAUGUUCAAAUAUGGAAAUAUCUGAGUUACAUCCAGAAUCUUGUGUUGAAAAGGCCACAUGUUCUUCGGCCUUCAAGGGUUCUAAGUUUCCUGAUAACAUUGAACUCCAACCAGGAGAAGAGAAAGAAUCUGAAAAACUUGCGGUGAAGAAGAUUUGUCCUUAUAGCUAUUGUUCCCUCCAUGGUCAUUCUCAUGGAAAUGCCCCUCCAUUGAAGCGUUUCAAGUCUAUAAGGAAACGUGCUUUGAGAGCUAAAAAUAACAAGAGUGAGAGUGAACCGCCUGUUCGAGCCAAACAAUCUGGAAAUAGGAAGAAAGGUAUUCGAGCAAGCAAAAUGGUCGACAGAGAAAGAUCAGUAGCUAAUGAGAUGAUGAACGCAGACAUGUUAGUAUUUGCUGCAGAGGAAGAAUCUGAUCCUAGUGUUUUUAGGGAUAUCGAUACGGGAGAAUUAUCCAAUAUGAAGGAAAGUAAAUUGGAUGCGGGUGAAUGCAACUUGAAGGACAGUUCGGGAUCUUCUGCUUUUGGUUAUGAGGAAAUGGAACAUCAGAGGGAAGCUGAUGAAAAUCUAAAGGAAGAUUUGGCAGUGGAGAUCGAUAGUUUAUCGCGUACGAGUUCCAGCUCUAGUAUCAGCUUAAAUUUUACAGCAGAAGUGCAGGAGAUAAAUCCAAAGUACGUCAGAAUGUGGCAGUUGGUAUAUAAGAAUGUAGUGGACAGUGACUCUGGCAAUGUUGGUAAUGAACUGCCUAUUCUUCAGGUGAAGGAAACUUCAAAGGAAGUUGACAACAAAUUGCUUGUAGAUACCAAUUCCAACUCCUUUAAGCUUGUCUCCAAUGUCGAUCAGGAAGGAGCAGAUGUGUCUCCUAAUGCAGCAGCAGCCUAUAGAAAACUAGAACUCUUCAAGAACGAAGCUAUUAAGCUAGUGCAAGAAGCUUUUGAUAGAAUACUUCUCCCAGAGAUUCAAGAACAACAAUCUCUACCUCGUGACUGGAAUUCAGAAGAGAAGCUGCCGGAAAGGAUUCCGGCUGAAGUUAGAGGAUCAAACUUCUUAAUGUCUUCUUCCAGUACUCAUUCUGCAGGGGAGGAUCUUGCACAAGAUGCAGAAGAAAUGCGAACGAAAGUUGAAAAUUCGCCAUCUAUCGAAGAAAAGAAAACAAUGCCAAUUGAGAACAGGAAUCCGUCAGGACCUAAGAGAUGGAGUAACCUUAAAAAGUUAAUUCUUCUCAAGAGAUUUGUCAAGGCUUUGGAGAAAGUAAAAAAGAUUAACCCACAGAAGCAGCCACGUUUUCUAUCACUCAAGCCUGACCCAGAAGGAGAGAAGGUUCAUCUUCAACGUCAAACGACAGAAGAACGGAAAAACAAUGAGGAAUGGAUGCUUGAUUAUGCAUUACAACAGGUUAUCUCAAAAUUACAACCAGCUCAGAAGAAGAGAGUUUCUCUGCUUGUAGAAGCUUUCGAAACAGUUCUUCCAGUGCCUGGAGUUGAGGCUCACAUCAAGACCAAAGUAGCUUCUGAUGGAACUGAUAAAGAUAGUGAACGUCAAAAUAGUGCUCAUAAUACCCUUUUUGGGAAUCUUUUGAACACGAAGAAUAUUGUCAAAGCGUCUGCAGGCCAAGCAAACAAUAUAGCCAAGGUCGGAAAUAGGAAUUCCAUGACAUCCUCUAUUAAAAAUGAAGCAAACUCGGAACAUCUUGGGAAACCAGAACAAGAUCAAGCUAUUCAUGAAACUACUGGUAUAGGGUGGAGAGUAGGGGACAUUGCGGUAGAAAAAGAGGUCAAUGUGAAAGGAUCCUAUCCUGAGUCAGUCGACAUAUGUUUGCCAGAGGCCAAUGAUGCCAUAUUAGACAGUGAGGCCGCCAAGAAGCCAAAAGACACUAGCUAUGAAGAAGUUUCAGUAAAUGGAAAACUUCUAAAGAUUUCCAAAAAUGUAAUUGCACGUUUAAACACUGAACUACUUCAUAAUGAAAAUCUGGAACCUGAUCAAAAAAUAUCCAAAAGUGAUGGUUUGAUCGGUGUAACUAGUGGAGUAUCUGAUAUAUCCAAAAGCCUCUCUUCAGAAGAAUAUGAGACAUCAGCAGCAGCUAGAAGCCUUACUCGUGAAGAACAUGAGAAAUCAACUGAAGUCAAUAAUUUAGAACUUUCCAUCUCAGCCAAUGAACUACUGGAAAAAACAAGGGCGGCUAUAUUCGAUAGAAGUCGGAUAGCUCAAUCAAAACUCGCUUCCACACAAGCAAAAUCUGUUACUCCCGAGGAAAUCAAUGCUGCUUCCAGCAUUGGUGAAGCAAGUGAAAAACGGUUUGAGGAAAAGAAAAAUAGCAUGUGGUUCUUGAUAUACAAGCACAUGGCUUCAAGCAUUGAUGCUGAAGAUGGUUCAAAGACUCUUGUUAGUGAGGAGACUGACAAGGAUGAAAAGGAAUUUUCCUCAAGAAAACAAAAUAUGGAAUUGGAAAACAACUUUGUGAAUGACCCAGAUGUGGAACUCCAAUGCAUUGAAGCCAUAAAGCUCGUAAACGAAGCAAUUGAUGAGAUUCCUCUUCCAGAAAACAAUACCUCGCCCCAUGAUGGAUCGUUGUCCAGCAACUUGAUUAGAGACCAAGGAUUAUUCCUAGAAGAGAAACAAGAUGCCUCUGAGAUAAAAGACAGAAAAGGGGAAGCAUACGAUACUACUGAUUCUAAUGUUGAUGAAGGAUCAACGAAUUCUGUUGAUUUAAACAGCCAGGAUGAUGGAAAAGAGCCAAAGUUUGGAAGCAAAGACAAUCGGCAAGUUCUAAAGAAUUGGAGCAAUUUGAAAAAAGUAAUUCUUUUGAAGAGAUUUGUCAAAGCAAUGGAGAAAGUAAAGAAAUUCAACCCAAGAAAACCAAAUUUUUUGCCUUUGAUGCAAGAUGCAGAAUCAGAAAAAGUUCAACUGAGGCAUCAAGACACAGAAGAUAGAAAGAAUGCAGAGGAAUGGAUGCUUGAUUACGCACUUCAGCAGGCCGUGGCCAAACUCACUCCUGCUCGUAAGCGAAAAGUCGAGUUACUCGUACAAGCUUUCGAGACAGUGAAUCCAACAAUUAGUAAGUGAAUAACCUUAGCAUCAAUUCUGCAUUGCAUUCAUUUGCACAUUUUUUAAGCUGCAUCUUGUAAGACCAAAGAUCUUCUCAAUAUUUUUUUGCUUUUAGUUCUUUUAUUGUAUAUUCAUUUUUGUCUUUUGGUUUGUUGGAGAAAAGGGUUACUUCCAUGGCCCUUAUAGUGUGAAAUUUCUUAUGAUUUUCAAAAGUUUGAAGCGUUGGAUUGUGAAUAUGAAGGGUAGUUAAGUGCUUGUAGAUGCACCAAAAGAACUGUAUUUUUCACUGUAUUGAUCAUUCUCUAUUUGUUGUAAAAGCCUAUAAAUUAUCAAGGAAAAAUGGCAAUAUUUUAUUUU